AUGACGUCAUAUUUUAUGGACAUACUGAGUGUUCCAGUAGAAGAUAUAGUAGCAUACAGAUUUGAAAAAAACGUACGUGUUAAUAUUGUUCUUUUAUUUUCUUUUGCAGAGGUCCCAUAUUCGAAUGGAAUUAACAGUUUCUGGCCAAUGGAAAAGAAUGCCGUUGAUAUCAUAUCAGGUCUUAAUGGAAAAGGUGUCAACUCACCUACUUAUGUAACACCUGGCAUCACUGGUAGUGGAUAUGCUCUGAAACUCAUUCGUAGCAGUCAUCAGUAUGUAACAAUACCAGCCUAUACAAGCUUCGUUAAUACCAGUUUUACAGUGGAAAUGUGGAUUUAUCCUACUUCUCUAAGCAAUGGUAACUAUUAUGGACUGUUGACUCAAUAUGAUACGUCAGCAGGAGACCACUCGUUACAGAUGAUGAUUCGAGGUUUACAACUGACCUUUGACUUUUAUGCUGAUGGAGUUACUGGUACAACUUCACUGACAACAUACACUUGGUAUCACGCUGCCUUUGUCUACGAUUAUCCAUCAAAAACACAAUCUGUUUACUUAAAUGGAUACCAAGAUGCAAGUCGUAUUUCAAAUCAGCCAUAUUUAGGCAUGGCCGGUCCGAUCAAUAUUGGGAUGUACCAGAAUGGUUGUUCUUAUAUAUUUAGUUAUAUCGAUCAAGUGUCACUCACUAUGGCAGCUAAAAGUGCUGACGACAUUCUUAACGAUGCUACUUUGGCCUCAUGGCAUUCAUUUGAUAGUGGAAUUACUUAUGAUUCGGGUCCAAAUAAACUCCAAGGAAAGCCUGUUGGUGUCACAUUAGCACCUGGUAAAGUGAAUCAAGGAUUAAACUUCAGCUUGAGUGCAUCCUAUUAUCAGCCAGAACAAGAGAUUCUUUAUGGUCAAUGA